AUAUCAGUACAGGGUGUAAAUUUCCCUAUCCAAUCCACCUCUAGUCUUGAUAACACAAGAGUUUCAUUUCUCAGGAAAGCUCACCCGACUGGAAGAACAACCAAGCCUACCCGCCCCUGCUCUUCAUCUCCUUCCUUCCAUCAACCAAUUCUCAGUUUUAAAAAACAGCAGUGGAAAAGAAAAAACGAACGGGAGAGUAGAGGUGAAGAUAUGAUGCAAGCAAUAUUAAACCCAUUCUCAUGAAAUAAAACCUGCAUACCAAACGGCCCUAAAGAGAGAGGGUUUAACAGUGAAAAGUAAAAAGAGAAGAGAACAUUGGCCGUUGGGGAGAGAGGAAGGGCGACACAACAAUGGCAAUUCCCAUUUGUCUUUCCGUACUCUCUACAACGAAAAUCUCUCUUCCUAGAAGCUCAGUCCUGGCUAGUCUAACCACCACUCCACCCAAAGCAAACCUCAAAUUUAAUCCUUUCUCUGGCUAUUCAACGCUCACUCUCUUCAUCUCCAACCUCACCUUUCAUCGAAACCGUUCUAGAUCUCUUCGUCCCAACCGAAACACCGCAAUCAGAUGCCUUUUCACUGGAAUUGUUGAAGAAAUGGGCCAAGUCAAGCAAAUUGGUAUCGCUGAACAUGGCGGAUUCGACAUGAUAAUCGGUGCCAAGACAGUACUCGAGGGAGUCAACCUCGGCGAUAGCAUUGCCGUGAACGGGACUUGCCUCACAGUCACCCACUUCGACAACCAAUUUUCUGAAUUCACAGUUGGUUUAGCUCCCGAGACGCUUCGGAAGACGUCGCUGGCCGAGCUCUCGACCGGUUCGCUGGUCAAUCUGGAGAGAGCGGUUCAGCCCACGAGCCGAAUGGGAGGGCAUUUUGUUCAGGGGCACGUGGAUGGAACAGGAGAAAUCGUGAGUAUGGAGCCUGAGGGAGAUUCUUUGUGGAUCAAGGUGAAAGCUUCCAAAGAGAUUUUGAAGUAUGUGGUGCCAAAAGGGUUUAUUACUGUGGAUGGAACUAGUUUGACUGUGGUGGAUGUGUUUGAUGAUGAGAGUUGUUUCAAUUUCAUGUUGGUUUCAUAUACCCAACAAAAGGUGGUGAUUCCUCUAAAAAAAGUAGGGCUGAAGGUGAAUUUGGAGGUCGACAUACUUGGCAAGUAUGUAGAGAGGCUUCUCAGUAGUGGAUUUGUUGAAUCCAUUAAAUCUUCAUAACACAAUGAGUUUUGCAGUGAAUCGAGGUCCACUUAUUAAAGAUUCCUUCUCCCAAAUUUAUUAGGGAGCCUCACUUAGCGGAGGGAAACCAUGGUAACAUUAUAACAUGAAAAAUUAAAAGCAUAAAAUACAAAGGGAAAUUUGAUUUUUUAUGCUUACAUUUGGUUAAUUUUUUUUUUCUAAAUAAAUAAUAAUUAAUAUUUGUAAAAUAUGACAAUUUUUAUGAUAUCCCUAAAAUACUCCCAUUUACAUCACCCCAUUUACACCAUCGGACCACCCAUCGGGCUACCCAUCGGACCAUCCAUCGGGCCAUCCCAUCGGGCCACUAUCGGACCACCCAUCGGGCCACCCAUCGGACCCAUCAGACCACCCAUCGAACUACCAUCGAACUAAAUCUGCUACCAAUUUUUUUUUUUUUUAUGUUUUUGUACAUACAAAAGUAGCAUCAGGUGACCAUCGGACCACCAUCGGACUACCAAUUUUUUUUUACUUUUUUUUAUGUUUUUGCACUAAAAAAAAGUAUGGAAAAUUUGAGAGGGGUAUUUUUGGGUUUUAGAUAAAGUGGUCAUAUAUUUUCAAUGAUGAUAUGUAUUAGUUUAGAAAUAAAAUAUUAGGUAUAUGUAAGUAUAGAAAAUCAAAUUUCCCAAUACAAAAUAAGCUCAAAACCUGAUAAAUUUAGGCCUAUGUCUAUAUCCCCAUACCAAGGCACUAAUACAAAAUAGAACCCUAUUGCCUAGUCAGGUCUUGAAAAGGUAGACCCUGAAAGCUUUUUGUCCUGUAGACCCAUAUUGCAGUCCAUACUUUAACCUUCUUCCAAAGGACGUUAUCUAUGCCUUCAAAAAUCCUACUAUUUCUUCUAGCCAAAUAGCCUGAAAAAUGGCUGUUGCCAUAAUCUAGAACUCUUCUUAUCCCCAUUGCUGUCCAUACACCAAUGGAUCCCAAACUCUUUGAACAAUCUAACCCACAACUGUUCAAGGCUACACGUUUGGGGGCAUACAUUCUAAUAAUUCUGUACGUUCGAUAUAUAGUGUUUGCUGGUUUAGGAAAUGUGGACUAUGGAUUAUGUAUAUCGAUCUGAUUACGUAUAGCGAUGGUCUUAAUGACUACCGUAAAAUUUGGUUUUUUGCUCAAAUCGCAAGAUCCUUGGCAAAUCAUGGUCUGUUCAAGUGGCAAGACUGUGGUAGUUGUGUUGAGACGAGUUUGUGGUUUGUGUUCUAUUAACUCUGACUCUUUACAGUGACUCUUUGAGAUGUUCUUUGUAUUUAAAUUUGUUGUUGAAAAGGACUAGCUUGAUUGCAGGCAAAUUAAAUUGAACAAUAUAUACUUAUUAUAUGUUUGUGAUUAAUGAAGCAGAUCAGAUAUUAAUGUUAAUCAUAUUCUUGGUCUUAGGCUUUAAUAUUGAUACUACGUUUGAAAUUGAGUAUAAUUUCACAUUUUUCUCUUGUUGCAUAACUAUGUAUAGGAGAGAAAUUUUGAGUUUUUGUCUGUUGGAAGCAUUACAUAAUGACAUAUAUGUGAAGAUAUUGUUGGAAAGAAGUGUCAAUUUGAAAAAUAUGCUUAGAUAGUAUAUAAAAGGUUUGUACUUCUCUUAUUCAAGAUCAUUUAUUUUUUCACUCGACUUAAAUAAAAUUUACAAAAAUUUUAUCUUCUGUUUUUAAAAUUGAAAAACAGAAUAGUUAUAGAACAUAUUUUUGUUUUUCAAAAACAAAAAUAUUACUAAUGCCACCUCAACUAAAUAUAUUUUUUAACUAACUUUUACAACAACUGUUCUAACUAAUAACUAACAAAAUAAAAUUUAGUUAUUCAGUCUAACAUCCCCCUCAAACGAAAAGGGGAUGGUGACAUUUGAAGUUUGGAUUUGAGGUAACUAAAUUUGUCAGUAGACAAAGGUUUAGUUAAGAUAUUUGCAACAUGAUCUAAUGAGGGAACAUAACGAAUUAAGAGCUGCUUUUUAAUGAUUUGAUCACGAACAAAAUGAAGGUCGAUCUCGAUAUGUUAGCUUCAGGCAUGAAAAUAGGGUUGUAAGCCAAUGCAAUUGCACCUUGAGUAUUAACCCAAAGUAUUGAAGGUUGAGGAAGCACCACUUAAAGCUCAGACAACAAGAAAGAAAUUCAUCUGAUCUCAACAACAUUAGCAAUUGCUCGAAACUCAUUUUCAAUGUUAGAACGAGCAACGACUUGUUACUUUUUAGCAGACCAGGAGACUAAAUUUUGACCUAAAAACAUGAGAUAGCCACCUAUUGAACAUCUUUCAUUGAUACAACUUGCCCAAUCAAUGUCAUUGUACCACAGUAGUAUCAAUGAUGAAGUAGGUUUAAGCCAUAAACCAUCUGAAAUGGACCCUUUGAGAUAGGGGUGCACAUCGGGUGGGUUUUAACGGGUUUUAGAUUUUCGAGUUUGGGUUUAUAGAAUUAGUAGAUUGAAUCAGCCCGUUUGUGUGCAUGAGUUAUUGGGUUUCAGGCUCGGGUGGGUUAGGGUGCGGGUCGGUCUGUGUUUGGGUGGGUUGGUGUUGAGUUUUGUGCCCCAAUUAAAACUCUAUUUCAAUGUAAUCUUGAAUAUUCAUUUAUCAAUAAAGAAACAGAUUUAUUUCAUUA